AUGGUUGCCUUGACAGCAUUCCUGGCAAAGCAUUGUACUCGCUCGACUCCUCUCUAUAGCAAAAUAUCGCCCGUAUCCAUUAGUGGCAUACCGCGCAACCAAAGCAUCAGUCGAGUUACAGGGCACUAUUUUCCUCUACGAACCAUGUCUUCUGCAAAGACCCUGGAGGAGAAGAUCAAGGCAUUGGAAGAACUAUCGGCAUGUGAUAUUUCAGAUGCUCUGUUGAAGUUACAGAAGCUACCACCAGGAGCGCAGCCAAGAGCCGGUCAACUAGCUGACCUCAGCCCCAUUUCUCCAUACAUUGGCCGUCGAGCAGACAAGCCCAAAAUCAUUGCUCCAGCAGUGACCUUUCAAUUUAUCCCUAAAGGCGACCCUGCCCCGGCUGUUGAAGAUCCUGAAGUCAAUGGCUUUCCUUCUGGGAAACACUGGGUUGACUGGACUCAGCCAGGGACUAUAACUGUGAUCAACCAGCCACCCGGCCAGUACUGUGCCGUCCUCGGGGGGAUUAUGGCCGCGAGGAUGUCCUAUCUGGGCGUCAAGGGUGUCGUUGCUAAUGGAAGAGUGAGAGAUCUGGCAGAGCUUAGCAAUUCUGGGCUACACGUAUGGUCGAAAGCUACAACAACUGUAGGCACUGGGGCCGAGGCAAAAGCGGGCCUACGAAAUGUUCCCAUUGACUUCAAUGGCGUCACAGUUAAUACCGGCGAUAUCGUCUUCUGUGACCCGCUUGAAGGGGUUGUUGUUAUCCCUAAAGAGCUUCUCGACGAUGUUUUGGAACUUUGUCCCAAGCUUAUAGACCAAGAUGACAAGGUCAAGGCUGAGGUUGAGAAUGGCUUGUCGGUUUUCGAGGCUAUGCAGAAACACCAUCACGUGACGAAAUCGACGAUCACGGGACGGCAACCUGUUCAGUAUUCACUACCACCACCACCACCACCAUCUUCAACAGCUCGAGGGAGCAGCUACUCUUUUUGGCUACCAAAGGCUACUGAGACGGCUUUUACUCACAAAGGCCAGCUCCUGCUUCUCUCCUUCAUCAUGGCUCCGCAAGACACCUUCUUCCGAUCGGCUGAUAUGAGCUUGACCCAGCUCUAUAUCGCGAAUGAAAUAGGCCGAGAGGUUGUGAGCGCUUUGGGCGAAGUUGGCGAAGUCCAAUUCCGAGACUUAAACCCCGACACGAAUGCAUUUCAGCGAACGUUCACCAAGGAAAUCCGCCGUCUUGAUAAUGUCGAAAGGCAGCUACGCUACUUCUCGACGCAAAUGGAGAAGGCGGAUAUUUCGAUGCGUCCAUCGUCCGAAUUCGCCAAUGUGUUGGCAGCGCCUUCUGCAGCCGAAAUCGAUGAGUUGGCGGAACGCAGCGAAAGCCUGGAACAACGAGUGGUAUCGCUUAAUGACAGCUAUGAGACUCUGAAGAAAAGAGAGGUUGAGCUCACGGAGUGGCGCUGGGUUCUAAGGGAGACCGGGAGUUUUUUCGAUCGCGCACACGGUCAUACCGAAGAAAUCCGGACAUCUCUCGACGGCGACGGGGAUGCCGAUGGUGAUGAAGCCCCGUUGUUGCAAGACGUCGAACACCGUGGCCAGAACGGUGAUACCCAAGGUCAAUCUUUCUCCGUUAUGAAUAUUGGUUUUGUCGCCGGUGUCAUUCCUAGGGAGCGUAUUGGCUCUUUCGAGCGUAUUUUGUGGCGUACAUUGCGAGGAAAUCUGUACAUGAAUCAGUCCGAAAUCCCCGAACCGAUCAUCGACCCGACAACAAACGAAGCAGUGCACAAGAAUGUUUUCGUUAUUUUCGCCCACGGCAAAGAGAUUAUUGCAAAGAUUCGAAAGAUUUCCGAGUCCCUAGGCGCCAAUCUUUACGGUGUCGACGAGAAUAGCGAGCUACGAAGAGACCAAAUCCACGAAGUCAACACUCGUCUAGGCGACGUUGAAAGCGUUUUGAGGAACACGAAGAACACCCUGGAUGCUGAAUUGACCCAAAUAGCCCGCUCGCUUGCAGCGUGGAUGAUCAUUAUCAAGAAGGAAAAGGCCGUAUAUCACACGCUCAACCAGUUUUCUUAUGAUCAAGCCAGAAAGACUUUGAUUGCCGAAGCGUGGUGUCCGACUAAUUCGCUUUCUCUGAUCAAGACGACGCUGCAAGAUGUCAAUGAUCGUGCUGGACUGUCGGUUCCUACUAUUGUUAACCAGAUCAAGACAAACAAAACACCACCCAGUUAUAUCAAAACGAACAAAUUUACCGAGGCUUUCCAAACAAUCAUUAACGCUUACGGUAUUACCAAGUACACCGAAGUCAACCCCGGUCUUCCUACCGUCAUCACCUUUCCGUUUCUCUUCGCUGUCAUGUUUGGUGACAUGGGUCACGGUUUUCUCAUGACAUUGACUGCCCUUACAAUGAUUGUAUUUGAAAAGGCGCUCCUACGAACGAAACUGGAUGAACUUUCUUACAUGGCAUUUUAUGGUCGAUACAUCAUGUUGAUGAUGGGUCUAUUCUCGAUGUACACUGGUCUGAUCUACAACGAUAUCUUCUCGCUAUCGCUCGAUAUCUUCCCCAGUCAGUGGGAAUGGCCUCAAAAUAUUCAAGAAGGACAGGCUGUGGUAGCGACACUAAAGGAUGGCUAUCGUUAUCCAUUUGGCCUGGAUUGGAACUGGCACGAGGCUGAAAAUGCACUUCUUUUCACCAACAGCUUCAAGAUGAAGCUGAGUAUUCUAUUGGGAUGGUCCCACAUGACCUAUUCUCUCUGCCUGCAAUAUAUCAAUGGACGCCACUUCAAAUCUAAGGUUGAUAUCUUGGGAAAUUUCAUUCCCGGCAUGAUCUUCUUUCAGUCCAUUUUCGGUUAUCUGGUUCUCACAAUCGUCUACAAGUGGUCCAUAGACUGGAGUGCUCGUGACCAGGCCCCGCCAGGACUACUCAACAUGUUAAUCUUCAUGUUUCUCAGCCCUGGAAAUGUCAAAGACGAAGACGUCCUCUACCCUGGACAAGCCACUGUCCAAAUGGUUCUGUUGCUUUUCGCCUUGGUCCAAGUACCUAUCAUGCUAUUCCUCAAGCCAUAUUGGCUUCGUGCAGAACACAACAAGGCUAGAGGUCUCGGAUACCGCGGACUCGGGGAGCAGUCUCGUGUGAGUGCAUUGGAUGAGGAUGGAGACCUCGACGGACACCCGUACGAGGGUGGUCGUGAUAGUCUGGCGAGCGAUGGCGAAGGUGUUGCGAUGAUCGCACAAGAUAUCGACGAGGGAGAGCACGAGGAGUUUGACUUCUCGGAUGCCAUGAUCCAUCAAGUCAUUCACACAAUUGAAUUCUGCCUCAACUGUAUCUCCCACACUGCUUCUUACCUGCGUCUCUGGGCUUUGUCCCUUGCUCACCAACAGCUCUCGAUCGUGCUCUGGAAGAUGACCCUCGGGGGCUCUUUUUCCGUCGAGGGAGGAACCCUACGUGUAAUUAUGAUUGUCUGUACUUUCUAUCUUUGGUUUUUCUGUACCGUGGCCAUUCUUUGUGUCAUGGAGGGUACCAGUGCCAUGCUGCAUUCUCUUCGUCUCCACUGGGUGGAGGCGAUGAGCAAGCACUUUAUCGGUGAUGGUAUUCCCUUCCAGCCGUUCAGCUUCAAGACUCUGCUUGAAGAGGACCCUGUUGAUUAA